AACAACACCAUGUGUAUCAUCUCAAUUUUUAUAUUAAUGCUUUUAAGUGGAUUUUGUUACAGCUCUCGAGAAGAAUUUACAUCAGUUCAAAGUGUUCAGGACCAAAAUGAAGUCUCUCCUGGCUCUGAUGUGUGUUUGCGCUGUGACGUCUCUCUUCUGUCUGAAUCCUCAACGCUGCAUUGGGAAACAGAUAAUGAACCAACAUCCAACACCACUCUGAUAUACAACAACUCUGCCUACAUCAUCUUACACACAGUAGAUGAACACAAUACAGGCCAAUAUUACUGCAGACUGACUGAAGAUGGAAAAGUACAAACUGUUAGAAAUCACACUCUUAAUGUCAAAACACAUUCAUACAAUAGAAACAUUAAGACAAAUAAGACAAUUUACAGAGAAAGCUCCAGCAAAAAUGAAGUAUCACUGAUCUGCAAGUCAAGCAGGAAAUAUAACAGCUGGAGGUGGACAUGGGAGAAGAGGCCUAAUUCACAGAUUGAUCUAAUAACUGUUGAAAAAGAAGAAGUUCAAGUCAAAGGACCAAUUAAACCAGGAAGAUUUUCUUCAACCACAUACAACAGUCAAGCUUUCACCUUUCACAUCUCACCUGUCCUCUUCAACUAUAGUGGCACAUACAGGUGUAUUACAGAAACUACCAUCUACACAACCACAAUACUACACACCAUCAGAGUGUCAAUUGGUGUGUUGGGGAAUCAGUCUGUGCUACUCACCUGUGAGCUUUCUGAAGUGACUGAAUCAGUGACGCUGGUUUGGCUCAGGAUGGAGAGAAACAGAGGAUUGCUGGAACAACAGAACAUGAUGACUGACAAAAACAAUAAAUUACAACUCACAGUGAAUCUGUCCAGCUAUCAAACACAGCCUCUGCACUGGCAGUGUGCAGUCUUUACUGAGAAUCAACUCAGAGCUCUGGCGCCUGUAAUAAUCAGCUUUACCCCAGGAACUACUAAUACUCCAACAAUAUCAACAAAAGUCUCAACUGUAUCAAACCAAAGAUCAACAGACACCUUAACUGCACCAAACCAAGACACAGAGGACAGUGGUCUGAAGAUGGUAAUCAUUGUAUCAUGUGCUGUUACUGUCAGUGUGCUGAUUCUGCUGGCUCUUCUAGUCUUUAAAUGUCUGCGAAACACAGUUGAUGCAGGUCCAGUCAUUGGAUUAAAAUCACAAGAUGAUGACGACAACAUCCAUUAUGCUUCAGUAACACUAGCAGCAUCUAAUCAGGGAGCUGACGCAUGUCACGCAAGUUCAGAGGUGUUGGACAAAAAUGGGGUGGUCAUCUACUCAGCUAUUAAAGUACAGUGAGCUUUUAAUUUUUCUUUUUUUUUUUACAGAACUUUACAUUGUUUUU